CCCACCAGCCCGAGGUCGCGCGGUCGCGGUAUCCAGGCGACAGCGGAACGCCAGCACCUGGCGGAACGCGGGCGCGGGGCGGCCCGUGGAGGGCUGACUGGGAUGGGCUCCCAUCCGGCAGGACCCAGCACGGAGGCCGCGGGGGCGCUGGGCGCGGGCUGCAUGGAGGACGACGAGGAGGAGGAGGAGGUCACCGCCGCCACGCUGCGCGGCGGGUGCCGGCCGCUGCCCCUAUGCGCGCUCUCCUCCUUCAGCUACAUCCCGCCGCGGCGCCCGGACCCCAAGGAGCACAGCUACUACUCCCGCCAGGGCGAGACAGGAGUCGUUUCCCUCUAUGACUGUGUUUUUAAGAAGAGCCCAGGUUAUAAUCAGAAAUUGCACCGAGAUGACAGGGAACAUGCCAGAAGCCUGGGACUUCGUGUUAACGAGGAGGAGCAGGAGAGGCCUGUGGGGGUGCUGAUGUCAUCUGUCUACGGGAAGCGCAUACACCAGCCCGUGGAGCCUCUGAACCGGGACCACGGCCGCGCCAGCCACCUGAAGACGGACUUCUACAGGAAGAACGGCAUCCCCAGCAUGAAGGCGCCGGGCUUUGGGCACAUCUCCCCAGCCUGACGCCUCCGUGUGGCCCGGAGGUCGGCCGGCUAGUGAGGCUGCAGGCAGGGGCCGGCUAGUUCCUUCCCACGGACUCUAGGAGCUGGCCCGAUGCCUCAGGUGCUGUGACAGCGGGAAUGGUGGCCGGCAGCCGCUUUCCCUCAGGUCGCCUUGGCAAAGGACCUGGCCAAGCACCUUUCACACUGAAGGCCAACAUCGAGGGUGACGGUUUUCACGUGAGAUUUCAGAUGAAGUGAUGCUGGAGACUGACCCACUGUGAGCGCCUGAAUAAAACGAAAACUUUGUUCUCACG